GUACGUUAUAAGCAGUGCCUGUUUAAUGAAGUUUCUACAGAUUCACUGUCUAGACUUUAGCCCUGCUCCAAGCAAAUCCAUGGCCUCGAAGCAGAUAGUCCAUAUGAAUCAUGGACAAGGGGAAGCUAGCUAUGCUCGCAACUCUGGCUUUCAGAAAGCUCUACAAAACAAAAUGAAGCCUCUAAUCGAAGCAGCCAUUGCUGACUUAUGCAGCAGCAACAACACCUUGUUUCCCGAAAAGUUGUUGGUUGCGGACUUGGGAUGCUCCACUGGACCAAAUGCGCUAGCACUGGUAUCAUUUGCUGUCGAGGCCAUUGACAAUCAUUGUGCUCAGCUGAAGCAGCCACCGCCAGAAGUGUGCCUUCUCCUCAAUGACCUACCUGAGAAUGAUUUCAACUCGGUGGUGAAGAGCCUAGUCACACUCUGUCAAAGCAACGAACCUGGUAUUGUGACCGUGGGGAUCGUACCAGGGUCAUUUUACAAGAGGCUCUUCACUAGUGGCUCCUUGCAUCUUUUCUGCUCAUCCAACAGCCAGAAUUGGCUAUCAAAGGCUCCUGAAGAUCUAACAAGAAGCCGGAUCCCAGCGUACGACGUUGAUGAGCAUGCUAGGCAUGAAAGGGUUCUUAUGGUCCUUGACGCUUAUGCACAUCAGUUUAAGAAAGAUUUCUCAAUUUUUUUAGAGCUGCGAGCCAAAGAAUUAGUCCCAGGAGGUCGUAUGGUUGUUUCCCUUACAGGGACUCGUUCUAAUAAAACUGCCUCAAAAUGCUAUCACCUAUGGGAAACCUUUGCUCAGAUAUUGGUUGCCAUGGUCUCAGAGGGCGUGAUCGACAAAGCGAAGUAUGAUUCUUUUUAUGUUCCAAUAUAUGGACCUUCAAACGAAGAGCUGAGGGAGAUCAUCCAAGAAGAGGGGUCCUUUUCGAUCAAUGAGAUGCAUGUGCAAGACUUCAAACGUGGUGUGGACAAAGCUCAUACCACUGCAAAAUCGCAAAUAAACAUGAUGAGAUCUGCGUUUGAGCCGAUAGUUGUCCAACAUUUCGGAGAAGUGAUGGAUGAAUUUGUGAGGACAGCCGAGAAGCGCUGGAGUCUGGAGCGUAGCUUGCAGGAAGAGGUUGCUUACCCGGUGCUUCAGUUGGCUGUAUCGCUUACCAAGAAGGCUGGAUGAUCAGGUAAUUUGUCAUAUUGCUCACCAUGGGACGUUACAUUUGAUGAAGUUGAACAUUUGCCAAUUGAUGUUGCUGAUGAACUUGUGCAGCAACUGUUAUGUAGCAUUUGCCAUAUGCAAACUCAGUCUGAGAUCAGUGUUAUGUAGUAUUCCCUCUGUAAAGAAAUAUAAGAAAGUAGCAAUCUAAUCGCUUUUAUAUUUAUUUACAGAGGGAGUACGUUGAUCUGCAAUGAAGCAGCUCAAAAACCAAUGUAAUAAAUAAUUGGCACCAAUGCGUUGAUUGACUCACGCUGUAUGUGACUUCAUGGUGAGUGCUCACCAACGACGACCGUCUAGAAUAGUUAUUUUCUCAUACUCAUGUGAGGAAGAAAUAAAUUAGCAACCAACUCUUAUUUGGAAAGGAGCCAAUUAA